AUGGAAGGGACUGUUUUCGCUCCUGCAUUGGAAGGAAUAAAGAGUGUUAAGUCUGAACAGGGAGAGAUUCUGUCGCAGCCUUUCUUGGAAGUGUGCAAGCAGAUACUUCCUGUUAUAGAUAAGUUUGGAGCUGCUAUGACCCUUGUUAAAUCUGACAUAGGUGGCAAUAUAUCAAGAUUGGAAUCUAAAUAUUUAUCUAGUCCAGCCAAAUUCAACUACCUGUAUAGUUUGGUACAAGUAGAGGUUGAAACUAAAACUGCCAAGUCAUCAUCCAGUUGUACCAAUGGGCUUCUCUGGCUUACAAGAGCAAUGGAUUUCUUGGUGGCACUUUUCCGGAACUUAAUUGAGCAUACAGACUGGUCAAUGUCACAAGCCUGUACAGAUUCCUAUAACAAGACUCUAAAGAAGUGGCAUGGAUGGCUUGCUAGUUCAAGCUUCUCUGUAGCGAUGAAGCUUGCUCCUGACAGGAAGAAAUUCAUGGAAGUGAUACAGGGAGGUGGCGAUGUUAAUGCUGACAUAGAGAAAUUUUGUACCACCUUUUCUCCUUUCCUUGAAGAGAAUCACAAGUUUCUGGCCCGAUUUGGCUUGGAUGAACUGAAGGCUUCAUGA